AUGGACCUCUAUACGACCUCGUUCACGUUCCACUGCUUGCCGGCGCGCAAGGGGCGCACACCCGCCAAAGGCUCCGCUUCCCCGCCCAGCCUGCAGCAGGACGCCGCCGCCGCUGAGCGCGAUUGGGAAGCCGUCCAGAAGCUUUGCAAUGAUAUUACUAGCCGUGAGGGCUGUCUCGUUACGGUUAGCCGCGAUUCCGACCUUGAUGGCCACGACGAGCGCCCCUCAUCCCCCACUCCACCCAGCCUGUGGAACUUUCACAUUUCAGGCGCGUACCAGGCCGUAAUGAGUGCGCGUGGUGCUAUCCUCCGCGAAACGCCAAGGGACAACCGCGCGUCACUCAAGGUGCCCAGAGGUGAGAUCCUCGAGAAGCCUCUCGCCUCGGUCUCCCCACUCAAGGCCGACGUCAAGCGCCGUCUCGACAACAUUGUGAACGACUCCCGCGCCAGUAUCACCGUGCUCAAUUCGGACGCCAGCGGGACACCCGGCUAUGCUCAGGUUCUCGCCACCGCUGACCCAGAUGAGGGCACGAAGGACUCUCGCGACGCAUCGCCUCCACCAGGCGAAGAGGAGGACAAGGACGGCAGCUCCCCUCCUGCCCAGGCGCAGGCGUCGUACGGCCUUGAGACGGAGCGCAUGUGCGAGCUUGUCAUCUCUGGCACAGUUGAAAGCGUAGAGCUCGCCAAGGUCCGCCUCCUUGUCAUGAUCGACGAGCUGUCGGGCCUUCACUCGGAGGCGUGCGAUAUCGACUACAAGCUUCACGCGAUUAUUGCUGGACGCAAGCGCUGCGUCAUCCAGGGUAUCCAGGAGGAGACUGCGACCAACAUCUACUUUCCCACACCACUGGUAGGCGUUCUAAACCCACCCCAGCCGGGCUCGCAACAGGGCAUGGGCUACUCGCGCGGUAACAUGUAUGGCGCCGCCAUGUCGCCUCAAAUGACCGGCAUGAGUUACAACGGCAUGAAUAUGGGCAUGCCUGCCGUGCCUGCACCCCAUCCGCCUCAUCAACAGCACCAACACCAGCACCAGGGCCACCCACGCAACACCAAUCAGCCGGUGUACAACCCCCAGCAGCACGUGCACUACCCCUACUCGCCGCAGCCUCUGCACAUCAAUCCCCAGCAGUCGAGGGGCAUGCCGUAUACCGGUCCAGGCGUACAGCAGUGGUCAAUGCCGACGGGCCCGCAGCACACUCCUCACGGCGGGGCCCACCCCCACGGCCCGCCACCUCCGCAUGGCCAAGGCCCGAUGCAGAUGGCGCCUGGAAUGAACGGACAUGGACCCGGCUUCGGCGCACGCGGAAUGGGAACGCCGAUGGCGCAUGGUCAGCCCAUGGGUCAGCCCGUCAUGGGCAUGGGUCCCAUGGGCUACGGACAGAGCCACAUGCACUUUGGGCAGGGACCUCAUCCGGGGUUAUCGGUCCACAGCGGCGAGCAAGGCAUGCUUGGAAAAGCAAACCAGAUCUGGAUUACAGGCGAGUUCUUCGGCGUGCAGCGCGCUCGUGACAUGCUCCUUUCCGUCGCCGUGCAGAAGAGUAAGCUCGUCAUCUCACGGGACACUGCAAUCCUCCCACGCAAGCUUGACUGGUUGCUCACUGAGCGCAUCGACGACAUCCGCAACAUCAUGUGCGACAACGGCACGUACAUUCAGGUUCCCAGUGUCGGAUCGCAGGCCAGCUUGAUAACGGUUUUCGGCGACCACCGUGUCAAUAUCGAGCGCACGAUCCGGAGCGUCAUGGCUCUCGCUUGCCAAUUUUACGUUGCUUCGUUCUGGCUCCUGCCAGUGUCGUUUGACGUGCUCAUGCCUCAGGCGACGCUUAACCCACCGCAGAUGCAGCCGGUGCUCAAGCGCAUCUCUCACGCAACGGGUGCGGAGGUUGUGUUCAAGAGCAACUGCUUCGAGAUGCACGGCCUGGAGAAGGAAGUGCGCGACGCGGUCGUGCAGGUUCUAGAGCUGGACGUCAUCAAGUCGUUCCACCACGAGAUCCGCUUCCAGAUCGAGUUGGCCAAUGAGCAUCGCGAGUUCAUCAGCGGCAAGAAGAACGGUAAAAUCAACAAAAUCAUGAAAGUGUGCGGUGUGCGCAUCAAGUUUGAGACGUUCAACGACUAUAAUUUCCUCAUGGACAUUAGCGGGCAAGACAUGGCUGCACUGCAGGGCCUUACUAUGCUUCAAGAGGAGCUACCGGCCGAGGUGUCCUUCCACCGCAUCAUCGGCGUGGGUGGCAAGAAUAUCCAACGCAUCAUGAAAAUGUACGGCGUCUACGUCAAGUUCAGCAAUGCCGAGGAGUUUGCUCAACUCGGCGGGUAUCUCGACAACGAGGACAACGUGGUGGCUAGGACACCCGCCAAGAACGCGAUCGCGCUUGAGUCGCUCAAGACGGCCGUAAUGGAUCUUGUCUCGCCGAAGGACAAGGACUACACGGUGGACAGCGUGACGAUCCCACGGCGUUACCACCGCACUCUGCUGGGCGAGAAGAGCAUUUUUAUCCACGACAUCGAGCGUAAAACCAACUCCACCAUCCGCUUCCCCAACAAGGAGACAGCAAGUGACACGGUGACCAUCUUUGGCCCCGAAAGCCAAGUCCACAUUGCCGUGGCUAUGCUCCUCGACCACGUCCCCUUUGAGGCAGACCUUCAUGUUCCCCCGAACCCGGAGCUCACUCGUCUUGUUGCCAGCAAGGAGUUCGUUCUCUUCACCGAACGUAUGAAGCGCGACCACCAGAUUGCCAUUUCGCCAUCUCCAAGGUUCGGGCAGGGUGACGAGGCUGUCUUAAAGUUCCGCUGCCAGCGCAGUAGCAUUGACUUCCUCUCGACCGUGCACGACGCACUCGUCGACUUCCUCGCCGGACACGGCAUCCAGGUGUAUCCGCCGCACGCAGCGAAGCGACCAGACCCUUUUGCGGACGCCUUCACCCACUUUGACUCAAAGCUUCUACAGACGGGUAAGGAAGACCGACGUGGGGUCAAAGCCCUAUUCGACAGCGAGUACCAAGGCUUCGCGGGCCCCCUGUCCUUCCAUCGGUUCAGCUCACCACGGGCAGUCGGUGGGGAUGACUGGUACGGCGCCGCCUCCGAUGGACCAAAGCCCAAGCCUCCCAAGCCAAAGCGUACGUCCGACGUCGAGGACAAGCGUGGGCAUGCGCACAACCACUCGCAUUCUCAUGGGCCACCCCAGCACCAGCACGCACUGAGUCACGGGCACGGUCACGGCCACGGGAACCCUGCUCGGGCCGUGGGCGCGAGGACACAGAGUCUCGACAUAACGCAGCUCAACUUUGCACGCGCGCUCGGGGGACCUGCACCGAGCUUCGCGCCUGUGCCGCCGAGCCCAUCCCAGAGCCCUGGCAAUUACGAGCGGCGCUACGCCGGCACCGUUGACGGGGUGACGCAGAGUCUCGCCAACGUCCAAGUGUCCCACUCAUAG